AUGAAUAAAUACAUUUCAAUCGCAGCAGCAGCAGUGCUAUUCCUUCUAGGCAAGUGCUUGAUCACUAUCAACCAGUUCAGAUCCGGUGCUUCUGCUAAAGUGAACAAGAAGCCUGGAGAAAAGGUGUCUAUAUCGGUCAUGAUGGGAAGUGGAGGUCAUUCCGCCGAGUUAUUGAAGAUGAUUGAUGCUUUAAUGUUCAAGGUGUACACGCCUAGGUUGUGGCUGAUCCACUCCGGAGACACCCUUACCACUAAUAGAGUCGUUGAACUUGAAAAUUUCAAGCAAACAGCGGCUACAUUGGAUUGGACUGAUAGUGGAUACUACGCUAUCAAGUAUCUACACCGCUUAAGAGGCGUUGGAGAGGGUUACUCCAAGCUACCUGGAAAUUUGUUUGUCUCAUUCAUCCAAUGCUUGAGUUUGAGUAUUCUACCACCACCAGAUAUAUCAAAUCCCUCAUCAACACGCUCUAACAGCAUUACAGAUGCACCUUCACCUCACUUGGGCGAUAUGUUGAUAAUGAAUGGGCCAUCUACCUGUGUUUCGCUGGUUGCAGCAAUCUGGGUCGCUAAAUUGGUUGGAAUUCCCCACCCAAAGAUGAUCUACAUUGAAUCAUUCACAAGAGUGGAUGGAAUCUCAACCACCGGUAAAUUAGUUAAACCGUUCGUAGAUACGUUUAUUACGCAGUGGAAGGAAGACGACAGCGUUGAGAACUGGCUGAUUUGA